CAGUCUUAAUUUUUUUUGUAAACAAAAUGUUUUGUCAUUGCUCCAUUUGUUAUGAUUUCAUUCAUUGAACUUUACAUUUUCGCUCAUUUAUCAAUCAGUUUCAAAAUUCUGUUCACAAUCAAUGGGAAUUUGAUUUUUUUUUAUUGUAAUGUGGAAAAGAGUUGAGUGGAUUGAUUAGAAGUUGCAAACGGAGCAGAUAUAUUCAUCUCAAUUGUAGCAUACUGCAAAUGUUUGAGGUACAUAUAUACGUGGUGUUGUGUAUCGCAUACAUACGGGUAUAUAUGUGGUUAUGGACACCUAGAAAUCUUGGAAUCCGUAAAAGUGUCACACUGAGAAAGAGACUGUCUCUCCUCUCUGUUGAAUAAACUUUAAUUAAGGACAAGAAGAACGCCAGAGUUUAAGUAAACGAAGUAACGAGACCUACGAAAUCCCCUUACUUAUGCAUUUUUGAUGAUCGCUAUGAGCAUGAGUGAGCAUGAGCUUGAUCGGUUGACGACAUAACCUGAAAAUAAAUGGAGUCCAUUAGAGCCUGUAAUAAAAUUCUUUUACGGUGCAAGUUGAUAAGAUAAAUUGACUGUGAGUCACGGGUAUGCGUUGACAUUUGUAACCCUUUGUGAGAUUAUAUUCUUUUUUAUACUCAGUGGUUUCUCAUGUUCACUGGGAGACGAAGAGAGCGUCAAUCUGACUCUGUGAUUCUUUAUAAACAAAUGGAAGUUUGGGUUUGAGAGGAAUUUGCAGUGUUAUUGGGUAAAUUUACGUGGGGAGAUGACUGGAUGUAAAAGCACUAGAUGAGAAAAACAAGGAGCGGACAUGGGCAACUGUUUGUGUAAAGACAGUGCUGAUGAACCAGAGGUUGAUUGUGACAGGAGUCAUGUAGAGGUAGAGACCACUAUUAUACCUGAAAAUCAUUGUCAUACUGCGAGCAUUGGGGGGAGUGAUGACUCACCCUGUUUUAAAUUCCCUACCUCAUCCAAUAUUGAUAAACUGGUGUGGGAAACACUUGGGGUCAUAGGAGGACUUGUUGACAAUGAACAAGAACCACCACCAGCGAUGCUCAAGCUCCAUACGAUAGCAGACAAAGAGGAAGGAUGGAUUCAAGUCGUGAGUUCGAUGGUUAACGUCAUUCCCAUGCACAGUCCUCUGGGUCCAUCAGUCAUAACUCUUCUGCUUGACGAUUGUCCUUUACCUUCGAAGGAUUCAGUCCUAAAACUAUCACAAAUGUUCCAACUCUCCCAGAACACUGGAAAGCUCCAAACGAGUGUGAGUCAGCAAAGAAAUAUUUGUGUAGUCCUAGGAUGCAUCGCAGAAAAAUUAGCAGGGCCCAGUAGCAUCGCUGUGUUGUCCAACGCAACACUGGAUUACCUCGUUUCAAACCUCAGGGAAGAUGCUGAACCUUACGUCAUUCUAUACUCAUUGAUUGCACUGGAGAAAUUUGCACAGACGAGUGAGAAUAAAUUAACAAUACAGAAGAGACUUAUGGCUGAGAGAGAACAUCCGUUAUUAAUAUUGGAGAAGUGGGCAACUGAGACUAACUAUGUUAAACGUCAAGUAGGCUUUUCCGCACAAUGGUGUCUGGAUAAUUUAUUUUUGAUAGAAGGAAGAAAAUAUUCUCAUGACACAGUUGACUUAACUGGUAUAAAUGUGAUGUUAAAUACAAAAGAUGUAAGCGAGUACCUGAAAAUAUCGCCGAAUGGUCUUGAAGCACGCUGUGAUGCAUACUCUUUCGAAAGUGUUAGAUGUACAUUUCAAGUCGAUACCGGUGUUUGGUAUUACGAAACCUUGAUAAUGACAACCGGUGUGAUGCAAAUUGGAUGGGCAACAAAAAAUAGCACAUUUUUGAAUCACGAGGGUUAUGGGAUUGGUGACGAUGCCUACUCAUUGUCCUGUGAUGGCUGUCGUCGAUUGAUUUGGCACAAUGCCAGGAGUGAAAAGUACAAUGAUCGAGCACCUUGGAAGGCUGGUGAUGUGCUCGGGUGUUUGCUCGAUUUAGAUAAGUUAGAAAUCAUAUUCUCCAUCAAUGGUGUACCACUCAAACCCUGUGUACAAGUUUUCAAAACCGCCAGGUCUGGAUUUUUUGCUGCUGCCAGCUUCAUGUCAUUUCAACAGUGUCUUUUCAAUUUCGGAAAUAUUCCGUUCAAGUAUCCACCUACUGAUCGUCAAUUCCAAAAGUUCAACGAUCAUGCGACACUGAAUCCUGAGGAUAAGGUUGUUCUGCCUCGGCAUAUUUAUCUUGACCAAUUGAGAAAAUUGAGUGUGAGGGAGGACUCUUGUACAUUGUGUUAUGAUCAGAAGGCAUCUGUGAGGCUGUUACCAUGUGAUCAUAGGGGCUUCUGUCAAACAUGCCCCAUGCAGCUCAUCGAGUGUCCAAUGUGCAGAGCAACAAUCGAGGAAGUAGCAUUAGACACCGCGUGACUUUAGUCGUAAUGACUAGCACUCAACAAUCGAUUCAAAUCAAUUGUCAUAAUUAGAAUGCAAAUAUUUUUUUAAGCAAUUACUUCAUCUAUUCUUAUCAUAAACGAUACUCAAACAGAAGUUAAAUAUAUAAAGAAGCAGUAUUUCUUAUGAAAUUCAGGAACAAAUAAAAACGAAGUAAAAAUGAAGGACUGAGCUUAAAAAUGCAUUAUGAACGAUGUUGUUCAGGGGACUGACAGUGCAUUGGUUAGCACCGACUAAAUGGUGAAAAGAAAUACAAAGGGUAAUGCCAUUGACGGAUUCCGUGCAUUUAUUCUCAUACUCUAUUCGUUAGAUUAUUGUUUUUGAAACAAUUGGAAAACUACAUUCGUUAUUAUAUUGAGACAUCUCGGGGAGAUAAAAAUCGAAUUUGAAAAUAUUGAUUCAAAGAGAUACCAUUCUAUUAUGGAACAAAUUAUUUGUACAUAUAAUAUGUGUAUAUAAAGAUCAUUAACGUUUUA